UGAAACGGAUGUGUUGGUAGACCACAGACUCCCAUGUCCCCAGCACUGCUUGCCUGUUCCUUAUCAAUGAACUCAUAAAUUGCCUUAUUGAUUAACCUAUCUGCUUUUGGUAUGCUUCAUUCUUGUCUCUGAAGGCCGUUUCCCACGCUGGUCCGAAGGGGCUGUGCUAAUGGAGCGAGAAGGUGGAGCCAAGUGGUAGUAAGAGUAACCUGAGAAGGUCUGUAGAUAACCCGAUUUAGGUGAUACCGAUCCUGUGGAUGGAUUAAUCAGGCUGGUUCUGCCCUGUGCUGCAAGUAGCUUCCAACAUUCACCCAGAACUCCAUAACAGGAACAUGGAGCUGACGGAGGCCAACCGUGAUCACUCAGGAGUGCGCAAUUUGGCCUUCCAGGGGGAUGAAUACGUUAAUAUUGAGAGUGAUCUGCAUGAAAACAAACGUGCCCCUGUAGAUGAUGAGCAACCACGCUUGAAAGGGCAUUUAGAAAAAAAAUACGAUGAAGUCUGUGAAUUUUGCAAGAAACAUAAAACCAGAAUUCAUUAUGUGGUCUAUGGAAUUUUAAUAACAGCAUACUUGGCAGUAGUUAUUGCAGCCUGCAGUUUGAAUUUUCAGAGAGCUUUGCCACUUUUUGUCUUCACUGUCCUAGCCAUCUUCUUCAUCUGCUGGGAUAUUUUAAUAGCUAAAUAUGAAGACAGAAUUGCUGCAUUCUUUUCCCCUGGAGAUCAAUAUCUGAGAAAACAAUGGUUUUGGCUGAAAUGGGUGUUGUGUGCAACUCUUAUUAUUAUGAUCAUUUGCUGGCUCAUUUUUGACACAGCAAAACGAGGAUCCCGUCAGCUAAUCUCCUUUGGUGGGCUUGUGAUGUAUGUUCUCCUGAUGCUUAUCUUUUCCAAAUAUCCAACCAGAGUUGCUUGGAGACCAGUAUUUUCAGGAAUAGGAAUGCAGUUUCUUCUUGGGAUUCUUAUUCUGAGGACCAAAGUGGGUUUUGAUGUAUUUAACUGGCUAGGCAUCCAGAUCCAGACUUUUCUGGAGUACUCUGAUACAGGUGCCAAGUUUGUGUUUGGUGACAAGUACACAGAUCAUUUCUUUGCUUUUAAGGUACUGCCAAUUGUGGUCUUCUUCAGUACGGUUAUGUCUAUGCUUUACCACAUUGGAUUCAUGCAGUGGCUUAUUGGAAAGGUUGGUUGGAUAAUGCACUUCUUCAUGGGGACAACUCCUGUUGAGUCUCUGGUAGCUGCGGGUAACAUAUUUGUGGGACAGACAGAGUCUCCUCUCCUGGUACGGCCCUACUUACCAUAUAUCACCCAAUCUGAACUUCAUGCAGUCAUGACAGCAGGAUUCUCAACUAUUGCUGGAAGUGUCUUAGGAGCAUAUAUUUCUUUUGGGGUUUCCUCCUCCCAUCUACUGACUGCUUCCGUCAUGUCAGCACCAGCAUCACUAGCUGUCUCCAAAUUAUUCUGGCCUGAAAUUGAAAAGCCUCUGGUAACUCUGAGAAGUGGCAUACAAAUGGCAAAAAGUGAAUCAAAGAAUCUGCUGCAAGCAGCCAGUCAGGGUGCCUCUACCUCCAUCGGGCUGGUAGCAAACAUCGCCGUGAAUGUGAUCUCCUUCCUUGCCCUGCUGAGCUUCCUUGAUUCAGCCCUUUCUUGGGUGGGCAACUUGUUUGACUAUCCACAGCUGACCUUUGAGAACGUUUGUGCUUAUGUCUUCAUGCCAUUCUCUUUCAUGAUGGGAGUAGACUGGGAAGAUAGUUUUAUUGUUGGUGGACUACUAGGUUACAAAACUUUCUUCAAUGAAUUUUUGGCUUAUGAACGCCUUUCAAAGCUGAUUCAAAACCGAGAAAAGGGUGGAAGCAUGUACAUUAAUGGUGUGAAACAGUAUAUGACAGUUCGCUCUGAAGUCAUCGCCACCUAUGCUCUCUGUGGGUUUGCCAACUUCGGCUCCCUGGGACUGGUAAUAGGAGGCCUGACAAGCAUUGCUCCCUCAAAAAAGAAGGAAAUAGCCGACAGUGCUUUGAGAGCAAUGAUUGCAGGAACUGUGGCCUGUUUCAUGACAGCCUGUGUCGCAGGAAUGCUGACUGUCCCUAGUCUGGAAGCUCCUUGCCACAUUUUAUUCAAAAAUGCUUCCAACUUCACAGAUUUCCCUCGCAACAGCACAGAACUAGUUGAAUGCUGCCAGCAUCUCUUCACCAGAUAUAACUCUAAGCUGCAUCCAGUACUAAUACAGACAUUCUUCAUUCCCUUAAUGAGAACUGUAGGUUUGGAGUUCAUGGGUAACAGGCUAGCUGGGUCACUGCUAAAUCAAACUCACCUCAUAUCCUUUUGUAGUGUGGCCUCUCUUUCACAUGGCAGCCUUUUCAGACAGCUGCUUGUUGGUGCAUAGUAAGAGCUGAAAAAACCUACAAAAGUCUCAGAUUACUUCCUUUGCAUUGUAAAAAAGAUAUGUGGACUAAUAAAUACAUUAGGAUGUGUUAUUAUCCAUUAUUCAGUUCUACAAUUAGUGAACAUCUGGCACAGGAAAGAUGAGAUGCCUAUUUACUUACCAUCUCUAUUAAUGUUGAUUUCCAGCAGGCAACAGCAAGCACACCUGUUUAAGGGAGGCAAAUGUGAAACAAAAAUAAUUUAACUAAUAUUAAGAGAGAUUUAAAUUUUAUCUUUAAAGAUUGUGUAUUACAUACCUUUCCUCAAAGUGUCGUUUAUAUGAGAUUUCUUUAUAGACUUGAAACAAGACUAACAAGAAUUGUGAAAGGUCAGUUUAUUUCAAGCUUACAGAAUAACAAGGUCAAGAGUUCUAGCAGGAGAGUAUAGCCAGACAAAAAUAAUUUUGUUUUGUCUAGCUGAUAUCAUCCAGUAGAGCUGAAUCAUGCUGAUUUUCAAAUGUAGUUAGAAAAAACAAAACAAAACAAACAAAACAAAGCCAGCCUCUUCUGUAAAUUGAAGUUAUGGAAGUCUGAUAAUGUUUGUUUGAUAUCUUCUGGCUGUUGAUUUUUUCUAUGCCGUUGGCCUCCAAAUUUAACACCUUUCCCUUUUAAUGUCCAGGCUAGAGAUUUGAAAGAAACAUAUGGACAUGUCAUCUUUGCAAAUCACCAGUAUUUUAUAAAGAAAUGAAAUGUUGAACAAAAUUAGAAGGAAUAGAUUAUUUGUUAAGAACAGCAGUUACAACCUCCAUAGAUUCACAUCUAAGACUGCAAAUAAAACAAGUGGCACAGAUGAAAAUGCCAAUUAGUUAACAUUAGUUAGACUUAGUUACUAAAAGCAAUGCUACCUUUGCAUACCAAAUAGUAUAUUUGUCAAGAACAUUGAACUUUUGACCCAUGUAUGUCAAAUUAACCCAGAAUGUUUUUCAAAAAGGAAUGGGCAGAGAAGGAAAUAAAAAGAAAUUCUCAUUAGAGAUUACUGAUACGAGGAAGAAAAAAGAAAGACAUGUAAAGGAACAUGAUUUAAAUGCAAAUAAAAUCAUGAAAUCAUCUUUGUUCUGUAUCAUAUGAUAUAGAGGGAUUACAAUAUAACUGGGUAGAUAAGUUGGCUGUAAAAGUUCAUCAUGAGAUGCGAACGUGUCCAAGAGUUGGGCUGAUGAAGAUCAUCACAACAAUGGACAGGUGGAUUGAGCUGCCAGGAUUAAAAUGUCUCAGGAGGAUCUGGACUGGCAACAUAAGGGUGAAUUAUUUCUGACUUGGUAUAUAUUUAUAUAAAUGUGUGUCUAUAUAGUUGGAAGGUAUAGGAUCCUGGCAUGAUGUAAACGGCAUAGAAUACAGAGUGGAUAAUGUCCUAGUUCCAGCUACAACAGAGUUAAUUUUUGCUAUAGCCAUGGGAGAGUGAAACCCUGCUGGCAUGGCUAAAAGGCUGUUCUACACCACCUUACAUCACUGCUGGGUAUGGGGCUAGGGUCUCUCUGGUUUCUGGGAAGAAGGGCGUGGUUUCCAGUUGAACAAAUAAAGCAAAUGGAGGGAAGCAGAUGUUUCAUUGUCUCAGACUUUGUGAGCAUUUAAUAUGUAAAUCUUCCUCUCUUCGUACACUUUUUUCCAUUAAUAUUGUUGCUUAUUUUCUUGUCUCAUUGCUCUCUACAGUAAAUUGUUCUAAUCUCAACACACGAUCUCUGCCUUUUGUGCAUUCUGUUGGGGUAUAGGGAGGGGAAGUGAGUGUCAGCAUGGUUUUAGGACAAUUACUAAACUGAAGAAUACCAUUCCUAAACCAGAACAGUCUUAUUGUCAAGUGUACCUAGCCCCAUGUUAAGGAUCACACCACAGAAGACGAUCCUGAUGCCAUAUAAAGUUUUAUUUGCACUGAAAAAUCAUGUGAUUACAUUCUGACCAUAAGCUGAGUUAUUUGUCCUCUUUCUUGAUGGGCCCACUAUCCUGGCCUGGGCCCCCAGGACCGCAGCAGAAAACUCUCCACUGUAAACAGCACCAGCCACAAUCCAGCAGAGAUCACACGAUGAUCUGCAGGAUUCAGGUGAGAUAUUAACGCUUUCAGUGCACAGAUAAGACCUGCAGAACUUACAUCCUCUCUUGAGUGAGAGAAAAGUGACACAGUUAAGACACACAGGAACAAAAUGCAGACAUCAAGGUCAAUGAAGUAGAAGGUCCCAGAUGGAAGGCACUGGUAGAGAUGCUUCACUCUUGGGCUGAAAUCCUCUUUUAAGACUAUGGAGAAGAUACGAUUGAUACAUCAGACUCUUUUUCCCUAUAAGUCAUGAAAUGCAUUUGCGGGGAUGAAGUGUUCUAACCAUAGACAUGAACAAAGGCAUCCAUGGUGAAAAAGCCAGUGUUGAAGCAUAUGUGAUCAUGAGACGUUUGAACAAAGAGAGAGAAGACUGAUGAAAACCCUUUGUCCCCAAGGAAGAAGAAGACCUCUGCUCCCAGAGAAGAAGUUGAUCACAGAGCUAGAUGAAGAGAACUUCUGCUUCUGAACAGCUCAUCCGUAAAAGUGUACUCCAUUAGCCAAAGAUUGAACCCUCAAAAACAGUUGUGGGGAAAACUGUAAAUCUCGGGGAGCGGCUUUUACACAAUGAUCAGAUUUUCAUUCUCCUGGCGGCUGAUUCACGGUGACACUGAAGCCAUGAGAGAAUUGGUUUUUUGUGGAGAAGUCUCCAUAGCAUGACAGCAGAGACUCCUCUCCCUAAUUUCACGAU